UGAAGUCCGAGGCUGACACAAGCCAGUGAGAUCAGGGGGCGGGCUGGCCGUGUGUAGCCGGGGCCCCAGAGAUUGUUGUGGCGUCAGACGCGCAGAGUAGCGGUCUGUGUCUGCGGCUCGCUCGUUCGCUGCCGCCAUGAGCUACACAGGUUUUGUCCAAGGAUCUGAAACCACUUUGCAGUCGACAUACUCUGACACCAGUGCCCAGCCCACCUGUGAUUAUGGAUAUGGAACUUGGAACUCUGGGACAAAUAGAGGCUACGAGAACUAUGGUUAUGGCUAUGGCUAUGGCCAGGAUAACACCACCAACUAUGGGUAUGGUAUGGCCACUUCACACUCUUGGGAAAUGGCUAGCUCUGACACAAAUGCAAACCCUAGUGCCUCGGGUAGCGCCAGUGCCGAUUCCGUUUUAUCCAGAAUUAACCAGCGCUUAGAUAUGAUGCCGCACUUGGAGACAGACAUGAUACAAGGAGGUGUGUACGGCUCAGGUGGAGAAAGAUAUGACUCCUAUGAGGCCUGUGACUCAAGGGCCAUCCUGAGUGAACGAGACCUCUACAGGUCGGGCUAUGACUAUGGCGAGCUUGAUCCUGAGAUGGAAAUGGCCUAUGAGGGCCAAUAUGAUGCCUACCGUGACCAGUUUCGAAUGCGUGGAGGAGAUACAUUUGGUCCAAGGGCUCAGGGCUGGGCCCGGGAUGCCCGGAGUGGACGGCCAAUGGCCUCGGGCUAUGGGCGCAUGUGGGAAGACCCCAUGGGGGCCCGGGGCCAGUGCAUGCCUGGUGCCUCCCGGCUGCCCUCCCUCUUCUCCCAGAACAUCAUCCCCGAGUAUGGCAUGUUCCAGGGCAUGCGUGGUGGGGGUGCCUUCUCUGGUGGCUCCCGAUUUGGCUUCGGAUUUGGCAAUGGCAUGAAGCAGAUGAGGCGGACCUGGAAGACUUGGACCACAGCUGACUUCCGGACCAAAAAGAAGAAGAGAAAGCAGGGUGGCAGUCCUGAUGAGCCAGACAGCAAAGCUACCAGAACAGACUGCUCAGACAACAGUGACUCAGACAAUGAUGAAGGCACUGAGGGGGAAACCGCAGAGGGUACUGAAAGUGCUGAGGCUAUGGAGAAAGGCUCCCGAGCAGAAGGAGAGGACGAGGAGGGAAAAGAGGAUGGGAGAGAAGACGGCAAAGAAGAUUCAGAGAAAGGGCCCCUGACUGCCCAGGAUGAGAGCACCCAGGCCAAGCGCAAGUUGCAGGCAAGCAAGAAGAGCCAAGAUAAGCAGAAGAAGCGACAGCGAGAUCGCAUGGUGGAAAGGAUCCAGUUUGUGUGUUCUCUCUGCAAAUACCGCACCUUCUACGAGGAUGAGAUGGGUAGACACCUUGACAGUAAGUUCCACAAGGAACACUUCAAAUAUGUAGGCACCAAGCUUCCCAAGCAGACUGCUGACUUCCUGCAGGAAUAUGUCACCAACAAGACCAAGAAGACAGAGGAGCUGCGAAAAACUGUGGAGGACCUUGAUGGUCUGAUCCAGCAAAUCUACAGAGACCAAGAUCUGACCCAAGAAAUUGCUAUGGAGCAUUUUGUAAAGAAGGUGGAGGCAGCCCAUUGUGCAGCCUGUGACCUCUUCAUCCCCAUGCAGUUUGGAAUCAUCCAAAAGCAUCUCAAGACUAUGGAUCACAACCGGAACCGCAGGGGGUGACGUUGAGCUGAACUUUUAAGGAGCACCUUGGGAUAUGGGUCCUUCAUAUGUACAAGGAUCAACAGGUAAAUUAGUUUCAGAAAACCAGAAGCCAACAAAUUACCAAUUACCAAAUUACCAAUGUGGCUAAAAGAGAGAAGAGAAUUAACUUAAGAGGCUUGCUUCAGUCAUUGGCAAUGUUCAAAUAGUCAAGUAAAGUAUUAGAGUUAAUGAUGAACCAGAGCAUCUGCCAUGAAGGGUACAGGGAGAUGGUCUGGGGCCAUGUGGAGAGGAAUGCUGACAAAAUACAGGAACAGGACAUUGGCCUAGGGGAGGAACUAGGAGCCUUGGAUGAUUCCCAUUCCUAGGAGCUGAGUAGACUGUGCUGCUGUUAUGAUCAUGGACAGAAGAAGUGUAUGAGAUAUGAUGCAGGGAGAGACAAACUUAAUAGGAAAAUUAUUACAUUGUACCUCAUUGUUCCUAGGCCUUUCUGAAGCAAAACUAUAUGGUAUGUGUUUGUUUUGUUUUAAGCUUAUUACAUCAUUUUCCCCUUUCUUUUCCUCCCAACAAAUCCCCCAUGUGCCUCCCCUACUUUGCUCUCUUUCAAAUUCAUGGCCUCUUAGAAUUUUUGUAUUAUUUAUUUAUUUGUUUUUUCGAG